AGAGUCUAUCCUGCUAACCAGAAAACUGGAAAACAAAAACACGCCGUUCCCCUACUCCAAGAAAAUGACACGAGACUUGAAAUCCGAGCUUGGUCCUGGUACAUACAGGGUCACCAGUUUCACUGAGGUACUGGAAAAAAAACCUAGCAGCGUGAGAGGAAUCUGUGACACCAGAGAGAAACGUUUUAAAGACUGCCAGAGCUCUACCCCAGGACCAGGGUGCUAUGGUAAAGGUGGAAUCCCUUCAGCAGCACUGGAAGAGAAGAAGAGAUUGUCUGUGGGGAUGUCCAUGAGCCAUGCCAGUCGGCCUCGCUUCCAUACCAACACUGUGGACAGUGGCUUGGGUCCAGGGAUUUACAAUCUAAAGAGUUUCACCGAGCUGUUACUGAGUCGCAGAGUCAGUAAAAGAGGCAUAUAUGACCAGUCCAUGAAUUAUGGAAAGAUCUUCACUGCCCCAAAGCUGGUGAGCCCAGACCCAUGCAAGUACCCCAUAAUAUUGCCCAAUUUUGAUGCGGACAUGCAAAAGCCUGAGAAGAAGAAACAUGGGGUGUUUGCAAGUAGAGAGCAAUACCCUGUUACACCUACUGAGAGAAUCUGCCUAUCUACAUUGUCUCAAUGCCCACGGUCCACGACAUCUCCUGGCCCGGGUUGGUAUGAAAUGAUUGCUUCAACUUCCAAGGAUCGACCAGGAAGUGUCAAACAAGUCCCUUUCCUCUCCGCCACCCCACGGAUGAACAAGAGGACAGAGAAGCUAAUAAAUAGAAAUCAUAAUCCAGUCGGACCUGGUCGCUACGACAUAACAGAAUUAAAUGAGAACGAGAUCAAAAACAGUCAUAGAUCAUCCUUUGUAUCUGGCACCCAGCGCUAUCUACACUGCCCUAUACGAGACAAGUUCAACCAGGAGAGACUCAGGCCUGUCCAUGUUACUUCAGAUGGAGAUCAUCUUCCUUGCAACAGUCUCUUGAACUGAACACAGCAUUCACGGCUUUUGAUCUUAAAAAAAGCCAGUAUUUAAGCUUCUUAAAUUCAGUAAUUUUUUCUCUCUAAGAUAUAUCAGCAUGCUUUUGCCUGCUUUUCUAUAUUACAGCGCAAUAAACUAAUACUAAAAUAUUGACAAAUUGGAAUUGUAUUGCCACAUAUGCAGUACUUUAUAAAAGU